UGUGUGUGAUUUGAAACAAGUUUACGAUCGUCGCACUUCGAUUUGGCGCAAUUACGUUUACUCCCCCAGAGGCAACGUGAAUCAAACGCAAUGAUAGUGGGAAAAUGUCUCAGCGGAACUUUUUUGCACCAGUUACAAUUUGACUGCGGUGAUGACCACUGCUAGGCAUUUUCAAUUUAGCCCAAGAAUGGCGACGGUUUUCAAAAUCUUCCUAGCGUUGACGCUUCUUGCAACGGCCAGCGAAGCACUGUCCGUCUACCCGCCUGAUUUCUACAACCUGGACAUUCAGAACUUUCGGUUCUUCAAGCACCAGGGACGACCCCCGCAGCCGGUUCGUUACGGUGUGCGGCCGAUCUAUCCGGAGCCGUCGCUCCCGGAGAAGGGCAAGGCGGUGUACACCUACUUCCGGAAUCUGUUCCUCGGCCAUCCGGUGCAGCAAAAUACGUACCAGAUUGUGUUCGAUCCGGAGCGGGGGCAGCGGUUGAGGGAGGCCUACCAGCGGCAGUUUGGCUAUCGGGGGGAGAAUUUGAUCGCUUACAUUGGAAACGGUCACUCGCCGAGAGAGCUGAGAUAUCAUGGUGCCAUUGGGAGGGAGUUUGGGCGGUACUAG